CCUUUUACUUCCGCUCACUGAAGAGUUUACACGUUUUUCUUCAUCGGCUUUUGCCACGAUAUUUUAAAAAAAUUUAAUUUAAUUAUGGGUUUUGGAGAUCUUAAAUCUCAGCCAGGACUUCAAGUUCUUAAUGAUUUCCUUGGAGAUCGGAGCUAUAUUGAAGGGUACUAAAGUUGUUGUUUUCCUUAUUUCGAUAAUUUAAUUUUAAUGCCUCUACUCUACAGGUCAGUGACAGUGCCUGGUCAGUUGACUCAGCUGCGGCUGUCUGAAUAACUGAAUUAAUAUAAUAUAAAAUAAUUAAUAAAUAAAUAAUUAAUUAAAUGGUAUUAUUCCCAAGUUCAGCCAGUAUGAUGAUAAUGCACAGGGCAGACUGCUUUUCCAACCACCUUAUUACUUAUGCUUAACCUCUGCCUCUGUCCCACACAGCCUAUUGCCUACUAUUCUAUCAUGGGCGCCCGCAGAGGGGGGCACUUGCCCCCCCUGGAUUGAUUGGAUAAAAAAAUUUUAGACAAAAAUAGACAAAAAAUGUAUUAAAGGAAAGAGAAAAUAAAGAGAAAGUAACUAAGCUGAUGUCCUGUCCGUUCGUUCACCAUACAAAUACGCUACAGACUACAGUAAAUUAAAGGCAGUGUCUACACGUCCGGCGCGGCCGGAUGUAUAUCUCCCGCACUAUUUGUCAGGCGACCAAGUCACAUGAUCGCCGUAACAAAAUGGCGAGAGAUAUCUUGUCGGUCAGCUUUGUCACGUGACUGCGAAUGAUUCAAAACUAUUGUUAAUUUUAAAAUCUAUUUCUCUACCAAGUAAUGUACUGAGUAUCUUGAAUGCAAAUAAUAGAAAAAAACUUAAGUGAAAGUGGCUUGUAAACAUUUUUGUUUAGUCUGUUUGUGCACCACUAAUCCAUAAAAUAAAUUAGGGGCCAGUGUGGAGAAGGCAACCAAUAAAAGUAAAAGAUUUCAUUUUAAAUUGUUACAAAAUAUUUAAAAACUUCUCAUGUUGCUGAUGAACAUGAUAAUAUAAAUAUAGUAUAAAAUAUUUUACAUUAAAAUGGGAGUAAAAAAACGAUCCUAUCCCCGGGUUUGAUCCUCAAAUAAUAAUAUCGUCAAGCUACCACUAGACCACACAAGAUCUACCAAACUGUACUUCGUUCGGAAUUAUAAAAAUACUAGUCAUCCGGCGGUCACGUGACAUACCCCCGGACGUAUAACUUGCGCACUAUUUGUCCGGCGUGCCGGACGUGUAGACACUUCGUAAAUUAAAACUACAUUAAAACAUUACUAAAAAAAAUUUGCCCCCCCCCCCUGGAAAGUUAAUCGAUUCCCUAAAGUUUUCUGCGGGCGCCCAUGUAUACUAUAUUAUACUAUAUAUUAUACUUAUACUAUUUUAAAGACUAUUAUUAAUAAUUUAGUACUAAUUAUUAUUAUCGUAUUCUAAUCUGCAAAUUGCCUCCCUGAGUCAGGACAGGGAAAAAAAUGCGGUAAUCUACCGCUUGAGCAUCAGCCAUGAAAAAAUCCAUUGCCAGUUUGAAGUGCUAUUUAAACAAUUUUUUUUUUUUUUCACAGCCGAUGCUCAAGUGGUAGAUUACCAAAAAUUCUUUUUACUUACCAAGUGGCCAAAUACUUCCAAUAAAAUAUUAAGAAAUGCUUUGCGCAUUACAAGUACCUUGCCAUGAAAGUGUGGAACUUAACCAAUAUCUCCCUCCUAUCCUAAGAAAUGAAAAAAAAAAAGUUAAAGUUACAGGACUGCACGUCUCGGUCGACUCUAGCCCUGCGCACAACAAAAAUACAAGCACUACUUUGUUUAAUCAUGUUGAUGAAUGGAUUAUGGAGGAAGAUGUUUUUAAUCUACCAAACCAUGAAUAUGCAGUGUUUUGUCUUGUAUAGUCAAUUUCUUACGUGAUAGUAAAUUCUACAUCCACCAAUUACUUAAUUCUACAUCUGCCUAAGCCAAUUAACUCUCAAAAGACGAGAGAUUGAAAAAUCGUUCAUAUAUGGCGGAUGAAAAAAACGACCCCUAAUAUAUAUAUAAAAAUAAUAUUAAAAGGCGAAAAUAAAGAUUUACUAUUUUGGAGUGUUAAAUUUCUGUUUGGCAAUAAAGAAAAAUCGUUUUUAUUCUACUAGUUCUUGAAGAAAUCUGGUAGCAACUUGUCCAUUCAUAAAUUUUCCUUUUCGCCAUUUACUCAUAUUUUGCCACAAUUCCAUCUCACUGUUACUACACACUAAAACAUUGCUGUGGAGUCUGAUUCUGAUUAUAAGCUUGAAAUGGACAAUUAUUCUUACUUAGAGGAAUAUUUUUGAUGAAGAUAGCACUUCAGAUGUGUCUGAUACAGAGAAUUCUGUAAAUUAUCAUCAUAAUAAUAGUAACAAGGUUUGUUUACUUUUUUCAUUCCUAGUCAACUCACGCAUACUGUGAUACUUUCUUAGGCUAUUAUUAUGUAACAAUCAGCUGUGUUCUCUUUUCAAUGAAAAGUUGAAGUAAAAGUAAUUUAGACAGAUUGUUGAAUAUUUAGAAAUCUUUUUAUUUAUAUUGUAAAUUUUUAUUUUAGCUAAACUAAUAUUUUUGUAUUUAUUUUUUAUAUUUUGACAGCAUCUAUGAAGGGCAGAUGUCAAACAUAGUCAAUACAAUGGGUUAUGAUGACAAAAGACUGUGGGACUCUUUGCUGCAUUUAGACCAGAGGUAUAAAGCAUUAUUGCUUCCUGAUGUUGAAACAAGAGAGGAUAUAAGGAGAUUUCAAAAGCAAAUAGACAUUUCCAAUCUCUACUUUACUACAGAUUUGGUUGGUUAUUAGUAAGCAGUGUGCACAGGACAAUGGGUUGCAGAAAUUUUGUGUUUCCAAAAAUUGGUACCAUUAUAACAUCAUUGAAGGGGAGUUUUAGCUACUAAGUGGAUUUAUUAUGAAUGCAGGACUUAGCAAGCUCUUAAUUUUACAAGAAAUGUCCAGGAAAUCCUUAUAUGAUGGACAAAUAGCAAGGCCAUUAGUACUAAGGACAUAUUCAAGGCUAUAUUGAGUUUCCUAAAAGUUUCUGUUACUGAAAAUAAAGCAAAAUGCUGUGCAAAAUUGGGAGACCCUUAUGUAUCUCCAUGCAAAAUACAAUGAACUGUAUCAGCAUCAAGAAAGUGUAGCAAUUAAUGAAAAAUUUAGGGAAUAAAUGACAUCUUUGAUGAUGAACACGUUACUGUAAAGCCCGAAAUCUUUACAUCGUGCGCCUUAACAUGACAAUAACAAAAGAUGUAAUUUCGUGUUACCUAAACAGGGUAAAAUGGUUAGAGCAUAUGUCACAGGCUUUCUUUUUGAUACAUUUGUAUGUUUUAAUAUAUAAAUUGAUUUCAAGAAUUUUAUAUGCAUGGUCUUGGCGAAGGAUUACAUCAUUUGAUCGGUAUCUGGGGGAUGCAUAAAAAAUGUUUAUUUAUUAAAAUGUGCUUUUUUUUCUUAACUUUUCUUCUAAAAUAAUACUUACUCAUAAUUCUCUAAGGCAGCGGUUCUCAACCUGUGGGUCGCGACCCCUUUGUGGGUCGCGGGACCCUUUUCCAGGGGUCGCCUAAGACCAUCUGAAAACAUAUAUCCUUACAGCUAUGAAGUAGCAACGAAAAUAAUUGUGUGGCUAGGGGGUCGCCACGACACGAAAAAUUGUAUUAAGGGGUCGCGGCACUAGAAACAGACCUGUUUACUCUUACGAUUUUAGCGUACAAUGUACGAUUUUGAGAUGUCUUUUACGAUUGUACGCCGAGACCCGCUAAAACUAAGAUUUUCAAAGGCCGGGUGGAAAAAAAAUUUCCAUUUUUUUUUCUCCGUUUGUUGAAGUUUUCGCCCUUUCUAAUAAAAAUCUACUGGUGAAUGGAACCAGAGAAACGAUUGGUUGUAAUUUUUUUUAUUAAAGUUGGGACCAUCCUUCAUAAUAUUAUGUACACACUGAGAGGGGAGGUGGAGGUUGUUGAUUAAGGACAUUUCCGGCACACGGGACGAAUGGGUGGGGGGUUGGUCGGAGUGUCACAGGCUAUAAAAAAUAUCACUUCAAUGCAUCGUAUUGAUGGUGAUGAUUGCCAUACUGAUGCUUUGUGUGUCACGUGAUGAUUGCCAUAUUAAUGCUUUGUGUGUCACGUGAUGAUUGCCAUACUGAUGCUUUGUGUGUCACGUGAUGAUUGCCAUACUGAUGCUUUGUGUGUCACGUGAUAAUUGCCAUACUGAUGCUUUGUGUGUCACAGGGAACUAGUGAGCUGCGUCACCGGUAAAAGGUAUACUAGUCGCCCGCCCUAGCGACCGCUUCACCACCACCCCCCUUUGACUGCUACCCAGUGUGUGACGUAGUUUUGUUCCCUUGAACUUGAACCGCGGCAAUUGUGAAAACGGAGAAAACUAGAGACGAUAUGGUUGUUACAAUAAAAUACAUGAUCCCACUGUUCUGCACUGGAACGUUGGAUGUGGACAUAUUUUAUAAGAGCUAGUCAGCGGCAUUUUAAAAAAAAUAUUUGUAGAACUCGCAAAACAGCUCUUCACCCUCAGCCAUCGUAAUACGUCAUUUUGGUAUCACUACUAAUACUACCCCCCAUCCCACCCCUUUUAUUAAUGGAAAAAAAUCAGGCGACGGCUCAAUUUUUUUCCCCAGUAAUGAGGGGGGGGGGUGGUUCUGCCCCGGUGGAAAUAAUGACGUCACCAGCACGGAAAGACGAAUUACUGGACUGCAGUGUGUUAUCACUGUCAUGUUCAAUUUUACAACUACAGGGAUCUCUUUGUGAAAAACACAAAGCAUUAGUAGCUUAAAGGAGUAGGCCUAUAUGCUUACUGCGAAAUAUUGUGGUAAUAUUUGUAUAGCCUUAAUAAUAAUAAUAAUAAAAGGCCUAAUUAGAAUUCACUGAUUUCACGGAUUUUCAGGUGACAGUUGGCUUUAUAAGAGACUGUCAGGAUAAUUAUUGUAUGCAUAAAUGUAGGUGCUGUCUAUUGCCCCACCCUUCAAUCAAAUCUGUCGUACGCAUCCUCAGCGCGUACGUAAUACGUAAUAGUUAGAUGGCCCUUUGUUUCAAGUUGACCAGGUGCGGCUGGUUGGGGGGGGGGGUAUAAAUAUUUUUGUAAAAUGUUUUAAUGUUUAUUUUGCGUACCAGGUAUGUUAUACAUGAAUGUCCCCUUUUCCAAACAGCUUUGGGUUCGAAUUUGGCUACAUUGACGGACAUGCACAUUGCCUAAUUUUAAUGUUACCAUUAAUGGAAUCAGCUAUUUUUUUUUUAUUUUCGGUCCCCUAGUUUAGUUUACUUAGUGAGUAUUUUACGAUAUGGCCCCCGCAAAAAGAAAGGCACGCGAAACCGAUGAUAAGAAGAAACUUCUACUUCUACCGAUAAACAUCAGUUUCAACAAAAGAUAAAGAAAGUUUAUAUUCUCGCUUAAAUCUAGGACACAAUCUACUGUGUUCAGGUCUUCAUAGAAGGGUCCAUCAUACGCACACUGCACAUUCUGCAAGUCGGACUUUUCAGUAGCAACCAGAGGCAAAAUGAGUGGUGUGGAUCUCGGAGAUAGCGUGUAUGGUGCGGGUCUAAAUAUUUAAAUCAACACCGUAACCCACAUUUUCGUAAUUUCAGGUUGGGGGGGGGGGGAUGUUCCUUCACAGAAAAUACAUAUGCGGUAUUUAAAAAUACUACACUAUUCAUCCCGAAACUCUAAAAGUCCUAAACUACCACAUUUAUAUCCCGAAUGCUGUAAAUCGGGUUUAAAUAUUUAAAUCAACACCGUAACCCACAUUUUCGUAAUUUCAGGUUGGGGGGGGGGGAUGUUCCUUCACAGAAAAUACAUAUGCGGUAUUUAAAAAUACUACACUAUUCAUCCCGAAACUCUGAAAGUCCUAAACUAGCACAUUUAUAUCUCGAAUGCUGUAAAAUACCAGCCAACGUUUAGCAGGAAUUUUCGUUGUGAUGUUGUCAAGAUGUAUUUUCAUAAAUGAACUCGCUAGCUGUACCUAAACUCAGUAGUAGAGACAUUGCAGUAAUGUUUAGUGCACCGAAUGGUCAGCGCGCGUGCGACGUAUAUUUCGGUGGGCUACGCCAGUGGUUCUAAAAUUUUUGUUUGCCUAUGCCACACUACGUUUUCACCAGGCUCCCUGUGUUGAAUUCUAACAUGUAGCUACAAUUCGAAAUAGCGAAUACGCAAAUAAAAUAAGGGUAGGGUAAAAAUAAAUAUAACGUGUAUGGAGGUCACUGAGCGCCAUCUGGAACUGCAAACAGCGGUUGCUUAGUGGGUUACAGUUUGCACCACGACCGAAAGUUGUCACACUGGUUUAAACGUGGAUAUAAAAUAAUGAAUUUGUAAAAAAAUAUUUCGCAACGCCCCGAUGAGGAAGCCGCAGCUAACCCCCUUGCCCGAGGGCAACGAGCACACAGGGCGAUGUGGCGUUUAUUCUGGGAACCACUGGGCUGGCCGAAUCACCAGUGGUGAAAACCCGUGUCAUACUUUGUUUACUGUAACAUCAUAAUAUACAACGGAUUUUUUAAAGUUUAUUGGGGGGGGUGGGGGCUGGGCUGCUGUUCUAAAGCUCACUGUACCGUACACACACACACAAAAAGUGGUGGGGGGGUCCCAAUUUGUUACUGGGUAAUUAAUUCUUAUUUUAAUACAUUUUAUUUUAUGCUUAUCUGAAGUCAAGUUUGAACAACGUUAAAUUUCAUCGGUGACUUUAUUUUGACCUGUGACAGACUGGGAUAAUGUGAUCAGCACGUUAACCCAAAUAUUAAUUGACAUGCAUUAGCAGAUACGCGUCUGCAAAACAAAGUGACCGCAGUUAACGGCUAACGUCAGUCAUCUACUGUUAACCUACAGUUCCAUAUUUUGACGCCAGCUUAACUCGAUUCCACUGAACACGCUAUAGGAGUAGUUAUUGUAUACAUUAUAUAUACUGUAUUUUUAUUUAUUUACUAUCAAAAUACUGCAUUGUACGAUUUUAGGAGUUUGGGGGUAAACAGGUCUGUAGAAAGGUUGAGAACCACUGCUCUAAGGGAUAAUAUGAUGUAGUAUAUGUUUUCCUUUGAAAAAAAAAUUUAUUAUUUUUUAAAAAUAAUUUUGACUUUUUCUAGCAAUAUUGUUCCUUGAAUGAUAUGUUGCGUACAAAAAGUCAUAACUCUUUUAUUUAUGAGGCUGUUCUUUUGAAAUUUGAACAUGUUUGUAGUAUUGAACAGAUUCUAAUAAAAUAUCAAUUUUAUUGAUAUAUUUGGAAACACUUUUUUUUCCUUCUUUGUAAAAAUGUGAUGUUAUGUUUUUGUCUACUUAAAAAAAAAUUUGUUGUGCCGGUGCCCAAAAAUAAUUUAAAAAAUCAAAUUUAGCAAGGAUAUUUUGAACAAACACCAAAUUUAAAUUAAAGACCAUCCAAUUACCUUUAAAAUGAUGUAUAAUACUUGUAAGUAGCUACAAAAUUACAGCCAUGAGACACAGUGAAGAAUAAGAUACAUGCAAGGUCAUUAAAAACUGGAAAAAUCUACAUUCUUUAUGAGAGUUAAGGCUUAACUAAUAUAACCUCCAUCCAUGACCUAAUCAUAAAGCUAAUUUCUGUGAGAGGCUUUAUCCUGUGUAAUUCUAAAAUAAUCUUAGCCACAAUUUGUUAGGUGUUUGAAUGAGUGUAAAACCAAGGCAGUGAGUGUGUAGUGGAGGCAAAGGUCUUACUAAUGAUUUCUUUGCAUGAUUGACUCUUGAGGGAAUGAUUGGACUGAUUGAUUAAUUAGUGUUUCACAUUUGGGUUGUAAUCCAAUGGGAGGGCAGUUUAACUAUAAUGGAGGGCUAAAUUGUCUGAGGGGCAACAGAGUUGGUUAGGAGGUAACCUUCUUAAACAAUCGUUAUGCCCUGGUAUCACCCAAGUGUUUUUUUCCUGUAUCCAACUGGUCUUCAGAUCAUUUAAAUCAAUCCAUUUAAAUAAUUGAUUUAAAUCUGACCAAUAAAAAAUUAUUUAAAUUUUAAAAAUUGAUUUUCAAUAUAUUAUUAAUCUAAUCUAUUUAUAUUUAAAGACACUAGCUAAAACUAAAAGGAACUUCUGUUUGGUUUUUAUAUUUUAUUAGUCACAUGAUAAAUUAUUUCUUGAUGUAUAAUUAUGAUGGCACAAUUUUAAAAUUGGCUUUAUUUUUAUUCAUUUAAAUUUUUCAGUUAUUAGAAAUGGACUUGGGGUUGAGAAAGCUGAAAAUUUAGUUUUUCUAGUCAAAUUAUUUAAUCAGAAAGUUUUGGUAAAAUGGAAUGACAUUGACAAAUGACAAUAUUCUAAAAUUGAUAUUCAUAAUAAAAAUCUGAACCUGAAUUGAAAUUUUUAUUCAUAUUGAUUAUAUUAGAGACCAUAUUAUUUAGACUAAGUCUUUCAUUGGUUAAAAGUUUUUCAAAUUGUGUUUUAGUUGUUUAAAAUUGCAUAAUCAUUUUUUUUUUAUUUUAAAGAAUAUAUUAUUUAUAAAUCAGAAAUUUCAGUUUGGGGGAAAAGUCUAAAAAUCCUUGUGAAUGGAUAUUAAUUUUAAUUAAUAAUUUUAAUAUUAACGUUAAUUUAGUUAAAAUCCAAAACAUUGAUUUAAAUAAUAUUAACUAUUAAUUUCGGUUUCGGCGCCGAAAGUGGCCAUUUUAUCACUUUCGGCCAAGUUUCGGUUUCGGCCGAAACUGAAAAGUUAACUUUCGGCUUAAUUUCGGUUUCGGCCGAAAGAGAAAAGUUAACUUUCGGUUUUUCUUCGGUUUCGGCCGAAAUUGACUUAGACUUUCGGCCAUCUGGCCGAAAGUGACUCAGGUUUUCGGUCAUACUCAGCGAAAGCGAUAUUUAACAACAAACUUAGGGACAUUUAAGAACAAAUUAAGCGAUCUUUGAAAACAAACUAAAUGAUAUUUAACAACAAACUAAACGACAUUUAUGAACAAACUAAACGAUCUUUAAAACAAACUAAGCGAUCUUUAAGAACUAUCUAAGCGAUCUUUAAUAACAAACUAAACGAUCUUAAAGAACAAACUAAACGAUUUUUAAGACCGAACUAAAUGAUCUUUAAGAACAAAACAAAUGAUCUUUAAUGAUUUAUAAGAAUAAACUAAGCGAUCUUUAACAGAAAACUAAAUGUUCUUUAGGAACAAACUAAAAGAUCUUUAAGAACAAACUAAUCGAUCUUAAGGAACAAAAUCAAUUAUCUUUAAGAACAAACUAAGCGAUCUUUAUGAAAAAACUAAGCGAUCUUUAAACAAACUAAGCGAUCUUUAAGAACAAACUAACCGAUCUAUUACAAGCAACUGAAGAUCUUUUACAACAAACUAAAACAUCUUUAAAAACAAACAAUGCGACCUUUCAGAACAAAUUAAGCGAUCUUUUAGAACCAUAUCAGAACAGCAAUUUUUAGAGACACGGUUUAAAAAUCUAAUAUUUUGCAUUAAUUUUGCCCCCCCCCCAUUUUUUCCAACUUUUCUUCUACCAUACUAAUUUUAAAAUAUUGUAAAGCAAUUUAAAUUACUUUUAUAUUAAAAUGGUAAAAUCUAAAGUAUUCAUUAGAUCGAGGGUCUCAAACUCAAAUCAUCAGGGGGCAGCAGGAGGUAGUGUCUGAAUGAGAGUGGGCCGCAUCAAGUAAUCCACAAAAAAGCGAUUACAACUGUUACAAUCUGCUCAACCUUUAUAAAUAACAAUAAAAUCAUUAAGGGUUCUCAAGAACUAGGAUUCACUUUCAUCCACCUACUCACUGUUGCAUUAAAAAAUAUAUAGAAACAUUACAACAACAAAAAAAACAGAAUUAGACUAGUCGGUGAGAUUCGACUGACACCGUCGCGGAGAGUCACGCUAUAGCUAUGAGAUUGGGGGAAACGGGCCGGCACAUUUACACUAAACUUUUCUGUCCUGUAGCGGGCCGCAAAAUAUCGUCUUGCGGGUUUCAGACCCCUAUAUUAGAUGUUUAUUUAUUAAUAUUCACAAUUAUCUCAUUUUUAUAAAAAGAAUUUAAAUAUUUAUACUUUCCCACAUCAUUUUCGAUGUAUGCAAAAUGUAUGCGGGAACGAAUUUCAAAAUAUCUAAAUAUUUUAUUUUCGGUUUCGGCCGAAAUUCAUUUUUAACUUUCGGCCUUUUUUCGGUUUCGGCCUAAAGUCAUUUUAAACUUUCGGCCUAUUUUCGGCUUCGGCCGAAAUCAGAAAAUCACUUUCGGUCGGCCUCUAGUCUACAAGAAUAUUCCAUUCAUCUCAGUCCUGUGCUUUCCAGGCGUAUCCCAUACUUUGUGUGUCUGCCUCUAGCUUGCGUCUCAAUGUAUUCUUUGGCCUUCCUUUUUUUCCCUGUGGAUUCCUUGUUACAGAUUGUCUGGUAAUUCUAUCUGGGGGGUUUACGAAGAGUGCGCCCAGUCCACCUCCAUCUUUACCUUUUGGUGUCUGCAGCAAUAGCCCUAUGGUAUGUCCUUUCAAUUAUGUCUUUGUUGCUGAUGAUGUUUGGACCUUUCUUGGGCAAGCGUUUAUGAAGUUCUGUACUUUUUACCUGAAGCUCUCUGUUGUUCUCCAAAUUUCAGCUCCGUAGAGUGGGAUUGUUUUGACAUUUGUGUUGAAAAUUAUGACUUUUGUUUGCAGAUUCAGCUCCUUUGGCUCCCAUAUUUUCUUUAAUAGCGCAAAAGCUGGCCUUUCCAAUUCUAGCUCUGACAUCAGCUUUGGAUCCACUAUUUAUGUCAAUGGUUCUGCCCAAGUAUGUGAAGGUUUCCAAUUCUUCCAGUGCAUUUCCUGCCAAGAAGAUAUGCUCUUGGUUAGUUGAGUUUAGCUUUGUCUAGCUUUUAAUUAUACUGAGUCCAGGCUGUGCUAAAAUGGUGGCUCUGGCUAAUUCUUUUGUCUUUUCCUUCAUUUGUUGCUGGUUGUAGGACAGAAGUGCAAUGUCAUCUGCAAAAUUCUAGGUCAUUCAGUUGUUCCCAGGUUCUCCACUGUAUCCCAUUCCUAUUUUGUCGGUGGAUUCUUUCAUUAUCCAUUCAAUGGCAAGGAUGAAAAGGGAGACAAGCAACAUUCAUGUCUGACACCUGUUUCCACUUUAAAGGCAAAGACAUCCUAAAAGAAUUCUUUUUAAUACUUUCAGUUAUAUUAUUUUUUAUCUUUAUAAACAUUAUAUACUUCAAAAUCUAAAGAUAUCCUUUUUAAAAAGAAAAAAAAAUUAAUUUAAUAAAUCCAAUUUACAUCAAAUCCGGUUUAUUUAUUUUUGGUUAAAGUUAAAUUUUGACUUUAUCAACCCUGUGGUAGGGGGCAUAAUAUUAGUAACACAUGCAAUUCCAAGUCAGUUGUGACGAACCGGGAAAAUUAUGUUUUAGUGACUCGUGGAUUAAAAAUCCCUCAGCAAAUUAAUUGCAGAUUAAACUUUUGUAAACCCAAAAAGAAUACACUUUUGUCAAGUUAAUUUUAACUGUGCCUUUUUUAAAUCAUCUUGAAUUUUCUAUUUCCAGUUUUGUUCCAUCCCAGGCUGAUAUUUCUGUAUAUGAAGCUCUAGGCAAAGCACCAGCAGCAAAUUUAGCACAUGCACUUCGUUGGUACAAUCACAUAACAUCAUAUCAAAGUCAAAAAGAUAGGUAAAUUGUUUUUAAGGCUUUUUUUAAGUAGUUUGCUUAAGUUAACUAAAAUAAUACAGCAUUGCCAGUAGCUAGUGUGGAGAAUUUAGCACAUCAGAAUUUGAGGUCAAUUAAAAUCAUUUUAGUUUUAAUAUCUUUAGACACCAAAUUAUUUCAGAUGUUUUCUAUAAUAAUACAACACAUUUUAAUAUCAAAGUUUAAUAUGUAUCUACAGUUUACCAGGUGUUAAGAAACCAGUUGGUUCAUAUGGCCCUGCUGGAUCUGCCCCAGCGCCUGCAGCUGCAAAUGCUGAUGAAGAUGAUGAUGAUGAUGAAGAUCUCUUUGGUUCUGAUGAUGAAGAGACAAAGGCUCUUAAGGCUAAACGUCUAGCUGAUUAUGAAGCCAAAAAAGCCAAAAGUAAGUCUAAGCCUUACAUUGUUUCUUAAAUCUGGAACUUAUUGUUGUUACAUUUGUUUUCCCUUUAAAUUAUUGAUUUAUUGUAUAUUAUUUUAUAUUGGGCUGUUUAGCCAAUAGUGAAUAAGCAAUAUUUAUUUUUUAGUCGUAAUAAUUAUACAUAGGCUUUUAACCAUGACAAUUAUGAUAUAUUUCUUUGCUCUUUUUUCCAGAACCAGCCUUGAUUGCUAAAAGUAACAUCAUUUUAGAUGUUAAGCCAUGGGAUGAUACAACUGAUAUGGAUGCCAUUGAGAAAGCUGUUCGUUCUGUUGCAACUGAUGGUCUACUCUGGGGAGCCUGUAAGCUGAUCAAAAAAUAGAUUUACAAAAUAUUUAUGAAUAAACAUUAAAUCUUUGGGUCUUUUUAACAUGGCAGCAAAAUUAUAUUAUAAUUAAAAGUGAUGGCACAAGUUCUUGCUCAGUAAUGUCACUUAUUUCAGAUCAAAAUAUCAUUUUCACCCAGAGAAAUGAACAUUGUAGUUUCUUAUUUGAUGACAUUAAAUUUAAAAGCUGAUGCAACUAUUUCUGUGGUCAUUGUAAUGUAAAACUGUGGUACCAUACCCACAAAAAAGUGUUAAGUUCAUUAUCCAGAACUGUGAGCGGGUACAAAUUAUUUCAUUAAUAGAUGCAAUUUUAUUUUUGUAAUAGCUCAGAACCAUAAAAAAUAUUGAUAGUAUUUCUAGAGAUUAAAAAUAUUUUCAUGUUGAUCGUGGACAAAAAAUUAAAUGUCUGAGGAAAAAAAUAGUUCAGAUAUCAUUUUGUUUACCCUGGCAUUUCUUUUGGUUAAGCUUUUGUUAAAUUGUAGCGUUGUUAAAAUUAGGAUUUGUAUUAACAUCAUAAAGCUUUAAUUCUUAAUAUGAAUUCUUUAAACUUAUCAUUAAUCCAAGUUUUAGCACAACAGUAACUAUCUGGAGGGUUCAAGGGAAAAAACAAUGAUGUCAGGUUUUGAGAAAAAUGGAAAAUAAAGUUUGAAAAUUCCUCAUGGAAAUAUAAAAAUGUCAAGGAAUCAGAUAAUAUAUGGAAAAUUGAAAGUCAUGUGUUCAGUUUCACUUUGGUCACAUUUUUUAAUGGGUUGAGUGAAUAGUGUAUAUAAUUUUAAUAAUAUUACCAACUUUCCACCCAUAUAUCAUGCGUAAAGUAUUUUUAAGUAAAUACCAAGUGUCAUUUAAUUAUUGAAAGCAAAAUUGUAGAAGUUAAAAAUGACUAUUUUCAUGUGUGGUGUGGUUUCCACCACUUAAUAUUUGUCUUAUAUCAAAACUUAUUGUCUACCAUAAUAUAAUAUUUAAACCAUUUUUUUUUUCCUGCAGCCAAAUUUGUUCCUGUUGGUUAUGGCAUUAGGAAGUUACAGAUUAGUUGUGUUGUUGAGGAUGACAAGGUAAUCUUUUGUUAUCAAGUUUUAGCCAUGACCAAUCUGAAUAUAUGUAAUUUAUACUAUAUUAUAGAGUGCAGAUGCAUCCUUUCGGGGCAUAAUUAAGUGAUGUUAAGUCAUAAAUCCUUUAACUUUAAUUCCUAGUGAUAGUUUCUAUUAUUAUUAUUUAACUAUUUAUUAUUAAAUAAUGUAAAAUUUUGAAAUAUUCUUGGUUUUCAUCCGCUAUUUCAAAUCUAAAAAAUUGCAUUACAUUAAAUGCUAUUGCCUUAAUAACUGUAAGUUUGCAAGAAAUUCGUUUUAUGGUUUACUAGCUAUUACCUGCGGCUUGGCUCACAUGGAUUUUUGUGCACUAGUUGUUGAAAGUACCAUAACAUGCUUAUCAUCUGAAAUAUAAUUUACAGGUUGAUGUCUGAACAUAACUAUGAAUGCAUCCAAUCCCAUUUUAACCCCAGGCCCUUAAUAAGAAUUUCCUUAUUUAUAUCAAAUAAAAUCUGAAUCGAAAUAAAUGUUUUAAUUAUGUAUGUAUUAUCUUUGGGUUUUUUUUUUUAAUAUGUAUCCUCAUAAAUUGUCAACCACCACCCUCACAUUACAUUCUAUCAGACAUGUUCUUUUUACUUGCCACACUAACACAUUUAUAAUAAAUAUUGUAUCUCUUUAUUGCAGGUGAGUGUAGAUUUCUUGGAAGAAGAGAUCACUAAAUUUGAAGACCUAGUACAAUCUGUAGACAUUGCUGCAUUUAAUAAAGUUUAGUAAUCCCUUGUUGAAAAAUUCCCCAGUACUUCAUGUGAAACAAACUAUUUUUGUGAACGUUAAAAGUUAAAAUAAAAUCAUGUGGAAGAGUUAAU